UUGGAUUUCUAAGUUCCACUCGUGUGCAUGUUGACUUUGACUGCACCAAGCUGAAUAAUAUAGUACAUUCUUGCAAGAAUGUGUUCGAGACAAACUCCUCAAAUCUCACUUUCAUUCAUCUCCACUGCUUUUAUUUCCUUAACAUCUCAACGCUGCUGCUGCUCCAGUUCCUCAACAGAUAAUUUAAGGAUUCACAAUCAGAUGUUUUUGUGUAGUUUUUGUCAGUAACAUGGAGGUUGUGAGUCCAAAAGAUUGUUCUGUUUCUUCAAGUCCUUUCUCUUCUCCUAACAUUGGAGCCUUGCUCAAGAUCAAGGUCAUCACAUGGAGCCAACAGACCGGUUUACCUGUUUCUGUCCGUGUUCGAGUUAAAGACAAGAUCUUCAACCUGCAUAAAUUUCCUUUGACUUCGAAGAGUGGAUACUUCAAGAAGCAUUUGACCGAUACAUCUGAGGUUGAGCUUCCGGAAACAUUCCCUGGAGGACCAGAAACCUUUGAGAUGAUAGCCAUGUUCAUUUAUGGAUCCUCAACAUUGAUCGACCCUUUUAAUGUUGUGGCACUGAGGUGUGCAGCAGAGUUUCUUGAAAUGACAGAAGAUCAUUGUUCGGGCAACCUUUGUGAAAGGUUUGAUCUUUAUCUCAAUCAAGUGGUGUUGCAGAGUUGGGAUGACACCCUCAUUGCGCUUCAGAGGUGCCAGAUGCUGCUUCCUUGGUCUGAAUAUCUGUUAAUAGUGAGUCGCUGCAUUGAAUCUCUUGCCUUCAUGGCAUGCAUGGAGGUGCUUGAUCCAGAAAGAAGAAGAGACACCCCAGUUGUGACAGUGGAGGAGUUGGCUUCACAAGCUUGGAGCUGUGAAAUAAUGAAGGAUGUUGUGAGCCAAGACCUGUGGAUGAGGGAUCUCAUUGCUCUACCCUUUGACUUUUUCAAAAGGGUUAUAGGAUCUUUGAGGAAACAGGGAAUGAAGGAGAAGUAUGUGAGUCCAAUCAUUGUUUUCUAUGCAAAUAAAUGGGUGCUCUCUAAAAAGGCACGCCAAUUUUGGGAGAGUUCCUGUGAUGAGAUUGAGGAAGGUGGCGUGAAUAGCAAACCUUCAGUGAUUCUACAAGGUGUUGUUGAUCUUCUUCCGGUGGGUGAUAAGGCUAGGAAAGUGAUUCCAGUGGGGUUUUAUUUUGCUUUGCUUUCUAGGUCUCUUGAGUUGGGUUUGAGAACUGAAAGCAAGGCCAAGUUACAAGAACAGAUUACAUCACUUCUGCAUUUCUCCCAAGUGGAGGAUUUUCUUGUUCCUGAAAGUGGAGCUGAGUUAAAGUCCUCUAGCAUGGAGUUGGAGACUAUGGAAAGCAUAAUUUCAGCAUAUGUAGCAUCUAACUCAAAUGUAAACCAUGCCCCAGAAGCUAGCAAUUUCAGGGUUGCAGAACUGUGGGAUGCAUAUCUGUUCAAUGUUGCAGCAGAUCCAGAUAUGGAACCAAAGAGAUUCAUGGAACUCAUCGAAAGGGUGCCAUCAUCUUAUAGACAGAAUCAUUACCCACUUUACAAAACAACCAACAGCUUUCUCAAGACACAUCAGGGUAUAUCCGAAGAUGAUAAGGGAGCAGUGUGCAAGUAUCUAGACUGUCAAAGGUUAUCACAAGAGGCGUGCAUUGAAGCUGUUCAAAACGAGUUGAUGCCUCUACGUCUAAUUGUUCAAGCACUUUUUCUUCAACAACUGAACACACACAAAGCCUUCAAAGAAUGCUCAGAUUCAUUUAGAUAUGCACAAUGUGGAGACAUGUCAGGAAGCUUAUCAAGUUCUAGGUGUCCAUAUUCUGCAAGUCAGAACCCAGUAGAGAGUCCAUACACUGAUAAACCUGAGCUCAGUAGCAGGCCCUUGAGCUUCCUGCUGCAGAAAGACAAUGUGAUGCAGAAUUUCAAGUUUUCAACCACUGAAUAUGAGUCCACAAGCUUCAGGAUUCAAAGUCUAGAACAAGAACUCAUGUCCUUGAAAAAAAGCCUUCAAUUGCACAACAUUGUGGCAAAAGCAGAACCAAAUUUGGCAAAAAGCCAGAAGAUAAAGCCGUGUGGAUUAGAAACUCGAUCACUGAGCAAAAGGAGGAACCCCAUUGGACAAGCGACUAGUUGCAUCAGUUCUGUAAAUUUUGCUUCACAAAGAAGGUAUGCCAGCAGGUUGCUCAAGAUCUUUCACCGCAUAACUUUGUUUGGAAGUAGAAAACUGAAGAGAAAACCGGGAACUCCUAGUCAAUUGUCCAAGUAAAUGUAGCAUGUGCACUUUACUGUUCAUGUCUUUGAAUGUGGAUAAGAAAAAACAAUGAAGAGUUGGAUACAUACUCGAUUCUCUU